AUGUCUCCUCGCUCAGCAACUUUGCUCUCAGCCCUCCUGGCUGCCACCGCAGUCUACGCUGCUCCUGGUGCUCCCGCUCCUCUUGAGAAGCGUGCCGACUGGGUUACCGCAGUGAUUGAUGGAAAGACCGUAUCGUGGGAGAACAACUGGAACGUUCCCGCUCAGUCCACUCCUCCCGCUGUCAUUCCUCCUCAACAGACAAGCGCUCCUCAGAACAACAACGGCGGCGAAUGGAUAACCGCAACUUAUGGAGGGGCUACCUUCUCGUGGCAGGCAAACGCUCCCACUGCUGCUCCGGCCUCUUCUCCCGCUUCAUCGCCUGCACAGCCCACAGCCGCUGCACCUGCUCCUUCACCCACAAACAAGAACACCGACCCUUCAUGCAGAGACGUUCACAUCUUCCUUUCCAAGGGCUGGAACGAGCCUUACCCCGGUCGCCAGGGCAAGCUCGCUGGUGCCAUCUGCUACGGUCUUGAUUCUUGCGACUACGAGGACAUUUUGUUCCAGAACCCUGAGGGCAGUGACUACUGCACCGCUGUCAAGGAGGGCGACACCAACGGCAUCAACCAGAUGACCGCCUACGCUCAGAAGUGCCCUGGCUCCAAGCUCGUCCUUUCUGGAUACUCUCAGGGUGCCAAUGUUGCUGGUGAUAUUCUCGGUGGCUCCGACAUCUGCGGUGGCCCCAACCCCGGUCUUGACCCCUCUACCAGCCCUGGUAACCAGCUCGGUGCCGUCCUCCUCUUCGGUGACAACAGACACGUUGCCAACCAGCCCUACAAUGUCCUCAGCGGUGCCGAUGUCAGCUGCAACGACCCCCGUACCACCGACUCUCUCAACCGCCUGAACAAGUUCUCUGGCAUCAUGAGAUCUUACUGCGACCACUCCGACCCCGUCUGCGCUGCUGCCGGCCCCGGUCCCUUCGAUGUCAACAACCACCUCAACUACUUCGACCUCUACUCUGACGAUGCCGCUGGCUGGGUCAAGUACGUUCUUGGCUACUAA